AAAACCACCAUGACCAAAAGCAACUUUCAGAAGACAGCAUUUAUUUUGACUUAUGGUUCCAGAGUUGAUAAUGCAGGGGGUGGGGAGCACUGGCAAGGAGCAGGCACUUUGAGGCAGGAGCAGAAAACUGAGGAGAACAGGAAGCAGAAAGAGAACUGGCUGUGUAAUGCAGCUACAGAUUCACAGAGCCCACCCCCAGUGACGUACUUCCUCCCUCACAAAGCCCACCCCAGUGACGUACUUCCUCCCGCAAGGCCCAGCCUCCUAAGCCUCCCCCAGACACCACCACCAACUGGAGAUCAAGUGCAAGAGCUCAAAUAUUUGAGCCUGUGCGGGUAUUCCUCAUUGAAAGCACCACCCUCCACCUCUCCAGGACUGGGAAUUACAGGUUUAUUUUCACAAGUCACCCUUUGGUUCAAAUCAUGUGAACAUGUGAAGGCUCCUGCAGCAUUUGACCUGACGUCCUCUGGAAUGCUGAGCCAAGCGUAUACUCACUGGCUCUCAGAGGAUGGCUUGGUAAUAAGAUUUAAAAGGACAUGGUCUUUCAUGGACUCCAAAGCUCACCAUUUCCUUAGGUGGACCAGCAAGCUCCCAGAAUCCGCAUGGCUCUGCCUCCCAAGGCCAAUAUUACAGGGAAGAACAGCCAUGCCCUACAUUUUAUAUAGGUGCUGGAGAUUUGAACUCAGGUCCUUGUGCUUGAGCAAGCCUCCUCGUGUACUGAGCCAACACUCCAGCUUACUUUUGCAAGAUGAAAUCUCUUACUGGCCUGGAACUCUUUAAAUAAGCCCCAGGCAUCUAUCUGUCUCUGCCGCCCCAGCACUGGGAUUGCAAGCAUAUGCCUCCACACUUGGCUUCGUAAAACAUGGUUCUGGGCGGCUAGAAAGAUUGGCUCCGUGGUUAAGAGCACUGACUGCUCUUCCAGAGGUCCUGAGUCCAAUUCCCAACAAGCAUAUGGUGGCUCACAACCAUCUGUAAUAGGAUCUGUUACCCUCUUCUGGGGUGUCUCAAGACAGCUAUAGUGUACUCACAUACAUUAAAUUAAUUAAAAGCAUGGUUCUGGGGAUUGAACUCAGAUCCUCAUGCUUCCAAGGCAAGCACUUUACUGACUGAGCUAUAUUGCCUCAGCCAAGGUACUUAAUCUAAAUUUCCAUUUAAGUGGAGCUCAAAACACAUUCUAUAUUAGUUAUAACUUAUAUCAAAAAGAACAACAAAAUAAAAUUGCUUAAACACAUCAUCAGUGUUUAUUUCCCUCACACAAAAAGUCUCAGACCCAGAAGGUUCCAGGUUGGUUAGGCAAUUCUGCCAUCCUUAACUCAAGCGGUCCAUCUCUUAGUCCAAGGUUCAGGUCACAUGCUUAUGAUUGCAUGCCAACCACCCAGAACAUGGUCGAAGGCACAAAUGCCCAGUCGUUUGCAGAGCCCAACCUGGUAACGGCACACUUCCUUUCUGCUUCCAUCCCUUCCCACUGGCCAGAAUGCAGGAAACUGGGACAUGUACUCACUGGCUCAUCACAUGUUUAGCAAAACUGAAACAUUUUAUUGUAAAAAGAUAUUGGGAGUCAGCUGGCAACAUCAGCCAUAUUGAGCUACUGGAACUAUUAAGAGCACUAAUGGGGAAAAUACUUAAGAGAAUCAGUUGUGAGUAUUCUCAGUUUACAAGAAUUUCUAUUGCUCUUUAUCCCAUGUGUGUCUUUUAUAGGUUAUUUGUACCCUUUAGAAAAUCUAGCCAGUUUUAUGUUAGGAUAUUACAUUGUAUUUAUCAGUGUAGGGAACACUCUAGUUAAGUAACUGCCUCUGGCUAUGGCAUGCACAGCUACAAAGUCACAUUGUAAUGAACUAUCUAUGUGCCAACCCAAACUUUCCCACACCAGAGCAGUUUGUAACAAAAAUGUAUAUUGCUCCUACUAUGACCAGGCUCCAGGGGUUUUCCAGUAUUAACCUAUUUAAUUAUGAGUCUAAUGAUCUCUCAAAGUCACACAGACAAUUAGUGAUGAGGUCAGAAUUUAGACAAGGCUGAGGCCCUGGAGAUAAAAUCACAACGCUUACAUUGCUUUGCCUACAACAAAGUUGACAGACAGCCCUAAGGUGAGCUUCCUAGAUGCUUAGAGUAUUCCUAACGCAUUGCGCCACCUCCUGCCCACCUAGGACCUAUGUAUUCCUAAUGCAUUGCACUACCUCCUGCCCACCGAGGACCUAUGUAUUCCUAACACAUUGCACCACCUCCUGCCCACCGAGGACCUGGCUCUAUAGGAAGCCAUGUUUUGUAGUCACAAUUGAGGAAGAUCACAGGAUAAUGGCAUUGAAAGAAAGCACGAAAGGUGGCAGUGGAUUUAUUUGUGAGGGCCAGUAAGGUUGCGGAACCCACACCACACAUGAGAGGGGGGCAUAAGAGGAGCCAGAAAAGGCAACUGGAGGUGCAGAACAGCAGGGAGGAAAGAAAGAUCUUCAGCCAGCCUUCCUCCCCUAUAGCGAAGAGCAGGUGGUGACUCGGACUUCUAAGGUGGUAUAAUGACUUUGCCCUGAGAAAAUCUGUUCAUGAAAAGACUUCACUUCUACCAAGUAUGAGGAUCUGCUGACCCACUUCUCCAAAGCUCCUGAUCCGGAACAACUGACAUAAACAAAUUCAAUUCUGAGACUUUGUGACAUGAAGCAAUCGUCUCCUAAUUGUGCCAAAUGUCAAAAGCAGUUGCCUCAUGAAAACAAAGGUCAAUUAUGGUGGUUAAAAAAAAAUACAUGAUGUCUACAGACUAAAAUGGGUCAAAGAUAAUAUGUAUGUAUAUGACUGGAAACAUACAAAGAUAGCAAGCAAACAUUUAUCCAAAAAUCUAGAUCAAAGGUGCUUGUACUGCUUUGGUUUGCUCUUUUUGCAGUUUUAGUAUCAUAUCAAAGUAAAAAUGUACCCCCUAAAAUGUAAAUAUAUUGCGAGGCAUUCAUUCCCCAGCAUUUUCUCAGACAAUACCUUAACGAUAAAGUAUUUGGCAACGCACUGAGAAGCAGAAUAGGGUCCAAAGAAUACUGUAUGUAGUUUAGGAUUUCUAGAUGAAGAGAGAAAGUGAAGAAAGUGGAACUCCGGCUUCACUCAGUUCAAGUCUGAACUCGCACCUGAAACGUCUUCACAGAAGCAAGUUGAGAGAUAAAAAGAGAACUUUAAAGAGCAGGGAGGUAUAAACACAAAUACUGAGCUCUACUGAGAAACGGCUGUAGGACUCCCUUACACUGUCUACAUAGUAUGAGAUUUCACAUGUUAGUACUUAUAAAACUCCAAAGCUCUAAGACAGAGAGCACUCUAAGCUUAUCCCAUAUCAUUGUCCCGAGGAAUGGAAUCACUUGACCAUGAACAUAUGUUUCUGGCUUUUUCUUUGCUGUAUAAUCAGUCAUGUGCUUAAUAAAUAUCAGCUACUGUC